AUGGGGAGGGAAGUUACUGGUGUAAAGGUGGAGAAGGUGGAGAAGGUGGAGAAGGUGGAGAAGAAGAUUAACGGUGUUGUAGUGUCUGCAAAUGGUUUUUCUCAUGGUAAAGUUCAUGUUGCUCCCAAAAUUUCAGAGAAAAGCAUUGAAUCAAAGGACUACAAGGUGAAGGACCGUAUCGAAGAAAACAAAGUUGUUGGGGAAUCUGUUGAGAAUCAAGAUGUGCUGGCUGUUAAGAGCACAAAUCUUGAUGAUGACUUGACUGAAGGCAAAAAUGAGAAACUCGGAACUCAGAAGUCGAGUGACAAUAAAAAUUCAGGCUCACCUGCUUUAAAAUCCGUCACUUUGGGAAAUGGGCAUUCAAAUAAGGCUGUUGGGGCUGAAACCGCCACUUCUGAAAAUUCCAGCAAUACAGAGUCUGCUGAUGCUACUAAGAGUUCACAGUCUCCCACGGCUACUAAGAGUUCUCAGUCUCCUACAGCUACUAAGAGUCCAGAGUCUCCUAAUGCAGAGUCUCCUAAGAGUUCACAGCCAACUUCACCUCAGUCAUCAUCACGAAAGGGCUCGCAACCUGAUAAUAAGAAGCAUGCUGACGAAGAAGAUAAUUCGUCUGUUACUUCCUCAACCGCUGCAUCUGUGAGAACACCUAAAUUCAAGGUUACGGUUGGACAAGCUCCCUCGUUUAGAUGCUAUGAACGUGCAGAGAAAAGGAAGGAGUUCUACUCGAAGUUAGAGGAAAAGCACCAAGCUCUGGAGUCAGAGAGAAGCCAGUGGGAAGCCAGGGCCAAGGAAGAGCAAGAAGCAGCCAUCAAGGCGCUGAGGAAGAGCAUGGUGUUCAAAGCAAAUCCAGUACCUAAUUUCUAUUAUCAGGCGCCUCCUCCUAAGACUGAACCCAAGAAGCUUCCACUUACUCGGCCCAAGUCACCAAAACUAAACAGUCUAAGCCGGAGAAAGAGCUGUGGUGAUGCACUCAGCUCAUCUGCGGAGGAAAAAAGAAGAGUUUGUUCUCGGGAACAACGUCACAGCCUCGGUAGUCAGAAAGAAGAAAGCACUGCAUCCAUGACUCCGAAAAAUAAGGCUCAGUCCGGUAGACGAAACAGCAUGGGCAGUUCCAAGGCCAAAGACCAAUUGAAACAGGAAAAGGAACCAACGGAAACAUCUCCGAAGAUCACUGAUGGACUUGAAAGCUUUUUCUAA